AUGAUAUGCAAAGUGAAAGCUAGAGGAAAAUUUGAUAUAUCAGUCCUUGAAGAACAAGAUGAAAAUGUUUCACCAAUUGUUGAAGUUGCUUAUCAAGAGGAAGAGAUAUCCACUCCAAAUCAUGUUCUCACAGAUAUAGAUAUUGAUGAUGUUAAUAUUAUUUUUAAUGUUGAUGAAGAGGAAUUAAAUGAAAUGGAAAUUGAGGAGCUUCAAUGUGUUUUGAAUGGCAAUCAAGUUAUUGUAGAUAAUGAAGAGUUAGAGGAAGAACUUAAAGAUUUUGAAUCAGAUGAAGAAACACAAGAUGAAAUAGAUUGUGACUCUAAUAAUAGUGAUAGUGAAUUUUUGUAG